AUGAAUCUUCGAUCGUUGUUAUUCUUAGCUCUCCCUGGAAUUGUUUGUCAAGCUGAAUUGUUCAGCACGACCUGUGAAAAUCGUCCAGAUCAAUUGUCCGCCUGGUCAAAAUGUGUGAUACCGAAUGGUAAUUUGGGUGAUGCAAUUACGAGUUUUUUGCGCGAUGUCAAAGAGCAUGGCUGCAAGUUACCACCAAAAAAAGCAAUUCGAUUUGGCUUAAGCUUUCUCAGAAAUCAUACCUCAUACUUGGACCACCCACUAUACAAGCGGAUACCGGCAGAAAAUUGUGGUAACUGUGGUCGACGUGUUAGAUGUUGCAAGCUUGCCAAGUCAUUUUUGUCACAAAGCUACCAAUCAGAAAUGUGCCCCGGAUAUUCUCAUGCUUGUGCCGUGGAACCGUUGACCCAAAAAGAUAUCGACGAGUUGACGAGUUACUACCCACAAACUCAAUUUGUCGAGGCAGUACCACCAAAAGAUGGAUGCGAUGUAUCCGGCUACGUAAAAGCAGAACUUAAAAUCCUCUCCUCUGGCCCAGCAUUCCGCUACGUUGAGCCGUUGUUAUGUCAAGUAAUAGGAACGAAGUUGCCAUCUGUAAACUGUAUACGUCAUGGUAACAAGUGCUACUGUUGUUGUAUAGCACACACUCCUACUAAAGAUGGGACAUGUGUCCCCGCUAAAUCUAUUGACAGCGAGCUCACAUGUAAAAAAAAUUAA